GUACGCUUCAUCCAAAGCGGACUUACCGAGAGGAAUCCGUCGUUCUGUCGUCGUAUCGUCGUAUCGCCGUUGUUGUUGUCGUUGCCGUCGAGCCGGAUCGAGGUCUCGAAGGGAGAGCAAGAGCGUAAGACGAACUCUCGAGGAACGGAAAAAGAGAAGGAGAAAGAGAAAGAGAGAGAGAGAUCGAAGUGUGAAGUUGAGGAGAAAAGAGAAAGAGAAAGAGAACGUCGUUGCCUCUUGAUUGGUGAUCCAUCGAGUUCCCUCGACCAGACUCGGCAGUGAAAAAGCUAAGGGCGUUUGCAAAGAAAAAAAAAAAAUCAACCGAUCUCUUUUUUUCUUGGGGGCUCGAAGAGUUUUUCGAUUUUCGGGAAGAACAGCACGGCGAAUAUGAUGGCUGUAGCAGCGGCGCAGAAGAACCGCGAGAUGUUCGCUAUCAAGAAAUCUUACAGCAUCGAGAAUGGAUAUCCGGCGAGACGACGAUCUCUUGUGGACGACGCUCGCUUUGAAACUUUGGUCGUCAAGCAAACGAAGCAGAGCGUUUUGGAAGAAGCACGUCAACGGGCGAAUGGCGAAGAAACUAUCUGUCCACAUGACACGGAACGUUAUGCUUCGUCGAGCGAUGAUGAACAGUUGGAAACAUUGGCUUGCACCGCCAAGAAUGGAGAGAUUAAAGCGGAAGACGGUGACGUGGUGAAACCAGAUGAAGAUUACAACAAUGACGCUGGACUGACCGAGGAGGAAGUGGUGUUGGCGAAGACAAUAGCGGAAUGCCCGGAGAGCGAGAACACGGUGCAAAAAGCUGCGCUUGUCCUGCGUCUGAGAGAGGGGAUCGGUUCCCUGGCGAGGAUCUUGAAGACGAUCGAGAACUUCAAAGGGACGGUGACCCACGUCGAGUCUCGGCCGUCCAAGAAGGAGGGCCUCCAGUUCGACGUGCUCGUCAAGGUCGACAUGACGAGGCAAUACUUGCUCCAACUGAUCAGGAAUCUCCGCCAGAGUUCCGCCCUGGACGGCGUCACCCUCCUCGCGGACAACUCCGUCAGCAUCAAGGAUCCAUGGUUCCCGAGGCACGCGUCCGACCUCGACAAUUGCAACCACUUGAUGACCAAAUUCGAGCCUGACCUCGACAUGAAUCAUCCUGGAUUCGCUGACAAGGAGUACCGUGCCCGUAGAAAGUUCAUCGCUGAAAUUGCAUUCGCGUACAAGUACGGGGACGCGAUACCAACCAUCCCGUACACGGAGACGGAGACCGAGACUUGGACAAGGGUGUUCAACACCCUCGUCGAUCUGGUACCGAAACACGCUUGCGCGGAGUAUAGAAGAAAUUUUAAGAAGAUGCAGGAGGAGAAGAUAUUCGAGCCUCACCGUAUACCGCAGCUGCAGGAGGUGAGCGAGUUCUUGAAGAAGAACACAGGGUUCACCUUGAGACCCGCGGCCGGAUUGCUCACGUCCAGGGACUUCUUGUCGAGCCUAGCGUUCAGGGUGUUCCAGAGCACUCAGUACAUUCGUCACAUCAAGAGCCCGUAUCAUACUCCUGAACCAGAUUGCAUCCACGAGCUCUUGGGACACAUGCCGCUGUUGGCCGAUCCAAGCUUCGCCCAAUUCUCCCAGGAAAUCGGCCUCGCUUCGCUCGGUGCCUCCGACGAGGAAAUCGAGAAAUUGUCCACGAUUUACUGGUUCACCGUCGAAUUCGGCCUCUGCAAAGAGGGGCCGGAUGUGAAAGCCUACGGUGCCGGCCUUUUGUCCGCCUACGGGGAGCUUCUUCACGCGCUCACGAGCGGCAAAUGCGAGCAUCGGCCGUUCGAGCCAAAGUCCACCGCCGUUCAAAAGUACCAGGAUCAAGAUUACCAACCGAUCUACUUCGUGGCGGAGAGCUUCGAGGAUGCCAAAGAGAAAUUCCGCCGUUGGGUGUCUACCAUGAGCCGACCUUUUGAGGUUAGGUAUGAUCCGUACACGCAGCGCGUUGAGAUACUGGACAGCGUGGACAGGUUGGACAACCUGAUGGCUCAAGUGAACACCGAAAUGACGCACCUCACGAACGCUGUCAACAAGCUGAAGACAUCGUUCGCGUAAAAACAAGAGGUUGUCCAGCCUCCGUGGUGACACGAUACGACUUCACGUAUCAUCGAGCUUCCUAAAGUUUGCCGAUCUUCGACGUAUGCUCUUCAAAAUGUGUUCGCAGGGAAAUCGCGAUAUAUAUAUAUAUUCUAUAUAUAUAUGUAUAUUCUCUACUUUGUUCAACAAGUUUGCUCAUUUGCGUCGCGAAUCUUGACUCUUCUCCUCCUGUCAAGACUCAUAUCAAGCCGAGUGUAAAUAAGUAUUAAUAAUUUGUAUUUCUUGCUUCCUUCUUUUUUUCUUCUUCUCUUUUUUCUUUUCUUUUUCGAAAAAAAAAAAAGGUCGAAAUCUCGUCAAAUCAUCCGUAUUAUCAUCGUUCACAUUCGAUCGUUCUCACUCUGUGUAUAAAGUCGCCCAUACUACGCGUAUUAACCAGAUUACUUACGUUCAAAACGCGUAUUCACUCGUAUUAUUCUCCGUGUGAUACGAUUGAGUCCUCGAUUAGUCGACCCUUCGUCUCUCGUGUUAUUUAUUGAUAUUCUUGCAAAAAAAGAAAAAAAAAAGAAGAAGAAGAAGAAUAGUAUUAUUGGUGGAUGUUCGUGUCUCGUGAAAACCGAGCCGAAUCCGCUUUCGAACGUUCCACGCAUACGUACGUAUUCGGUUAUUUUGUUCCCUAUCGUAUUCUAUUAUGUAUUACAUAUUACUAUCUAUAUUAAUUGUAGAAUAUUACAAGUAGUCGCGUUUGAGUUUUUCUUAUAGAUAGCGUGGCGACACAGCCUCUUCGCUCCAAAUUGAGCGUGGACGGCUAGUAUUAUAAAACAACGUAGGUUCUUUAUUUUUAAUUAAUUAUUAACGAAUCAAUCUUGAGAUACAUGCUCGUUCUUCGUUCGUUCGUUGUGAAAUUAUUAUAUAUAUAUAUAUAUAUAUAUAUAUAAAAGAUAUUAUCGAAUCAUUGUUACGUGGAUGUUUUUUUUUUUUUCUAUUCAAAAUUUUAGGAACGAAGAACGCAUUCGUAUCUCGAGGAGAUAUGUAGUUACACACACACACAAACACAACUUCGAUGACGAAGUCAUAGAUCAGUGUUGCAUUAGAGACGCACCAAUGUAGCGUGUAGUGCCGAGUAAUUGCUUGCGCACCUUGCACAAUUUUCCCAAUAACUCGUACCAAAUACUUUUUUCCCGCGCCCGAUGCGCACACCUCCUCCGCGCUUGCUGUAGAAAAUUAUUGGCGCGCCCGUUAGAAUUUCCUUUGUAUUAUAUUGUAAAGUAUUCUGAGCAUAAUAAAAGUCUAAGAUACAAAUCUUAUAAA